AUGGAGAGGCUUCAUGUCAACGGCAAUGGCAAUGCGAAUGGCAGCAGAGGAGUAUCGCCCGGAACACUGCGCAAAAAGAAGGCUCGCAAGCAGUCCAACGCUAUGAUGCCUCCUUUUAUGGUUUCGGCCCCGGGAAAGGUUAUUGUGUCUGGAGAGCACUCGGUGGUUUAUGGAAAGCCUGCGAUCGCUGCUUCCAUAUCCCUGAGAUCGUAUCUCCACGUCACCACCCUCUCGAAAUCAAGGCGCACCGUCAGCCUGCGCUUCCCCGACAUCGACCUCGAGCACACUUGGAACAUUGACGAUCUACCUUGGGACAUAUUCCAGUCCUCGACAAAGAAGAAGUAUUACUACGACCUGGUCACCACCCUCGACGCCGACCUUGUCGAGGCGUUGCAGCCGCACUUGCAGGAUAUCUCGCCGCACAAGUCCGAACCAGAUCGCAAAAUACACAGAAAUUCGGCGAGCUCAUUCUUGUACCUCUUCCUCUCCUUGGGAUCGCCCAAGUUCCCAGGAUGUCUAUACACACUGCGCUCGACGAUACCGAUCGGCGCCGGCCUCGGAAGCAGCGCAUCGAUAGCUGUGUGUCAGUCGGCAGCACUUCUUUUGCAGCUACGUACGCUGUCCGGACCGCAUCCUGACCAGCCGCCAGAGGAGGCGCGCUUACAAGUGGAAAGAAUCAACAGGUGGGCAUUCGUGGCGGAGAUGUGCAUACACGGCAACCCAUCGGGUGUGGACAAUACGGUUGCAACCCAAGGAAAGGCGGUGGUGUACCAGAGGACAGACUACCAGAAACCGCCGACGGUGCGCCCGCUGUGGGACUUCCCGGAGUUGCCAUUGCUGCUAGUGGACACGAAGCAGCCGAAAUCUACGGCAUUCGAAGUGGCCAAGGUUGCGAGGCUGAGGAGCAACCAUCCCAAACUGGUGGGCCCCAUUCUGGAUGCGAUGGACAAGGUUGUUCAAGCCAUGAAUGAAUUGAUCGGCGAUGAGGAUUUCGACAGUGAGGAUGUGGAGAGUCUCAGCAAGGUUGGCGAGCUCAUGACGGUAAAUCAUGGCCUCUUGGUGUCACUAGGCGUGUCGCAUCCCCGCUUGGAGCGUGUACGAGAACUGGUCGAUCACGAAGGCCUCGGAUGGACGAAGCUCACUGGUGCAGGAGGUGGUGGCUGUUCAAUAACGCUGAUGCGGCCAGAUGCUCCUAGGGACAAGUGGGAUAAACUGGAGGAACAGCUGGACAGGGAAGGAUAUCAGAAGUUCGAAACCACUCUUGGCGGAGACGGUGUUGGCGUGCUUUGGCCGGCUGUUCUGAAGAAUGGAAUGGAGGACGAGGACGAAGAGGGAGGUAUGGAGAUUGACAUGGAAAAGUUCUUGAAAGCGCCUGGCAACGAUGGUGUGGAAAGGCUUGUAGGUGUACACGAUGGAGGGGCUGAGAGGGAAGGUUGGAAGUUCUGGCGUGUCGAAACGCAUUGA